CUCGCUCCUUUGGGAUCUUCGUUCAUUCCUCCCCCCAACUUCUAAAAACCCCUUCAAAAAACAUUUUAAAAAAGAGAACUCCCAGAUCUUUUUUUUUCUCCUUCUCUUCAAACCCUAAAAUUCUCUGAAAAUGUCGUAUGCGAUCGCAGGGAUUAAGUUCUCCGCGGUCAAGCCUCUUCGAUUUGGUUCUAGUGGCGAUCGCAGGAACAGUGCGAAUCUCUCUUUCAUGCUGAGGAAUGAAUCACUCUCGAGGAAGAUAUUUGCUGGUAAUUCUUCUUAUGAAACUGAUUCUGCACCCUCAGUUGUUGCCGCAACCGGAAAAGUGCUUGUUCCAGGUGUUCCGCUCGACGACUCUUCAUCCGCUGCGGAAUCAGUCGGGGACCAGGAACCCACUUCCAGCGAUCAACAGGUAUUAAAAGAAGCAGGUGAUCUACCAGCUGGGGACAAGGCUAAAGCUGAUUAUGCAGAGUCAUCCAUAUCUUCCAAGUUAAUGAGUAGUGGGGGCGUAAAAGAAGGUGAUAAACACCCUGAUAAAGUGAAGAACGCUGGUGAAAUGGUUGAGAAAAAACAGAGAUUUAUUCCUCCACCUGGUUCUGGACAGAGAAUAUAUGAAAUUGAUCCAUUUUUGAAAGACCACCGUGCACAUCUUGAUUACCGAUAUAGCCAGUACAAGAAUAUGAGAGAUUUGAUUGAUAAGUAUGAAGGCGGUCUGGAUGCUUUUUCCCGUGGUUAUGAGAAAUUCGGCUUCAUCCGCAGUGCCACUGGUAUUACUUAUCGCGAAUGGGCUCCUGGAGCUAAGUCGGCGUCAUUAAUAGGAGAUUUCAACAACUGGAAUCCCAAUGCAGAUGUCAUGACCAAGAAUGAAUUUGGUGUUUGGGAGAUAUUUUUGCCAAAUAAUGCUGAUGGCUCAUCUCCUAUUCCUCAUGGCUCACGUGUAAAGAUUCGCAUGGAUACUCCAUCUGGCAUUAAAGACUCCAUUCCUGCCUGGAUAAAGUUUUCUGUUCAGGCCCCAGGUGAAAUACCAUACAAUGGAAUAUAUUAUGAUCCUCCUGAAGAGGAAUGUUAUGUAUUCCAGCAUACCCAACCAAAGGCUCCCAAAUCACUGCGAAUUUAUGAGUCACAUGUCGGAAUGAGUAGCACGGAACCCAAGAUUAACAUGUAUACUAGCUUCAGAGAUGACAUGCUACCUCGAAUUAAAAGACUUGGAUACAAUGCUGUUCAGAUAAUGGCCAUUCAGGAACAUUCAUAUUAUGCAAGCUUUGGGUACCAUGUUACCAACUUCUUUGCACCUAGUAGCCGCUUUGGAACUCCAGAUGAGCUCAAAUCUCUGAUUGAUAAAGCUCAUGAGCUUGGUCUGCUUGUUCUCAUGGAUAUUGUUCAUAGUCACGCAUCAAACAAUGUCUUGGAUGGAUUGAACCAAUUUGAUGGAACAGACACUCAUUACUUCCAUUCUGGGUCACGAGGUUACCACUGGAUGUGGGACUCACGCCUUUUCAACUACGGAAGUUGGGAAGUGCUACGAUUUCUACUUUCUAAUGCAAGAUGGUGGUUGGACGAGUACAAGUUUGACGGUUUCAGAUUCGAUGGUGUGACCUCAAUGAUGUAUACUCACCAUGGGUUGCAGACAGUAUUUACAGGAAAUUACAACGAGUAUUUUGGAUUCGCUACUGAUGUAGAUGCAGUGGUUUAUUUGAUGCUGGUGAAUGAUCUUAUUCAUGGGCUUUUCCCUGAGGCUGUCACCAUUGGUGAAGAUGUCAGUGGGAUGCCAACAUUCGGCAUCCCUGUUCAAGAUGGUGGGGUUGGUUUUAAUUAUCGCCUUCAUAUGGCAGUUGCUGAUAAGUGGAUUGAAAUUCUCAAGUUACAGGACGAGCACUGGAAGAUGGGUGACAUCGUUCACACCCUUACUAAUAGAAGGUGGUCAGAGAAGUGUAUUGCAUAUGCUGAAAGCCAUGAUCAAGCUCUUGUUGGUGACAAGACCAUUGCAUUCUGGCUGAUGGACAAGGAUAUGUAUGAUUUCAUGGCUCUGGAUAGACCAUCCACUCCUCGGAUUGAUCGUGGGAUAGCUCUACACAAAAUGAUCAGAUUGAUAACUAUAGGACUAGGUGGAGAAGGUUAUCUCAAUUUUAUGGGAAAUGAAUUUGGACAUCCAGAGUGGAUAGAUUUUCCCAGGGGUGACCAGCAAUUACCAAAUGGAUCAGUGAUACCAGGGAAUAAUAAUAGCUACGACAAAUGUCGUCGUCGGUUUGAUCUAGGAGAUGCAGAUUAUCUAAGAUAUCAUGGAAUGCAAGAAUUUGAUCAAGCAAUGCAGCAUCUUGAGGAGAAGUAUAAUUUCAUGACUUCAGAUCACCAAUAUAUAUCAAGGAAAGAUGAAGGUGAUAAGGUCAUUGUAUUUGAACGAGGAGACUUGGUAUUUGUCUUCAAUUUUCACUGGAGUAAUAGUUAUUUCGACUACCGAGUUGGUUGCUUUCAGCCUGGAAAGUACAAGAUGGUUCUCAAUUCUGAUGAUAAACUGUUUGGUGGAUUCAGCCGGGUUGAUCCUAAUGCAGAGUAUUUCACUAAUGACGGAAUGUAUGAUGAUAGGCCUUGUUCCUUCAUGGUGUAUGCCCCUAGCAGAACUGCUGUUGUCUAUGCUCUUGCAGAGGACUGAUGCCUAUGCAAAUAGCCACAUUUAAGAAGCUGCUCACAAUUCUUGAAGCGUAUAAAACCUCAAGCGUUCGAAGAGUGCAGGGAGCGAAGCUGAUGCCGAAGAUUUAUAUCUUAUAUCAGGAGCAGAACAGUUUUCAUUUGCACAUCCCAGAAUCCAUUGUUCCAGAAUAUAUGGGAGAAAAGCAUAAAUGCAUAGUCUGGGGAUAGUAGCAUUCUGACCUUGUUCUUCUAAUGGGGCUGGCAAUUUAUAUUUUGCUCCAAAUUAUGUAUGCCUCCUAUUUAUGCUUGUCUUUUUAAUUUAAGUUAAAUAAAGCCUUCCCUUUCUUUUAUUCAAUAGUUGAAUCUUAUUAUGUAUCUGUAAGAAAUAGUUGCGCAAUAAAGAGAGUCGCCAGACAAUGAUGGAUCACUUAAGAU